GCAACUACUUCCCCAGCUCUCAAUCCUUGUUCACUCUUUGCUCUUUCCAUUGUGCUUUGAGGAGCUCACCGCUGGUACAGAUUGCAGCAUAUCAAUUACAGAUACAUUAUCGAUUCUGCACAGGGGCUUAAUUUCGCUCUUGAUUCUGCUGAUACACUUUUGUCCAUUGGACCAGUUCACCUCUGUGCGGCCUUCCUGACAGGGGGCACAGGACAUCGGGUGAAUCUACACCUCUCUUUCAACGCUCCGAAAUCUCCUACUACACGCUCGCUCUGCAAACACAUGCCAGAAUUUAGUUAAAGCCACGUCCAUUGAAAGACUUUUCGUGCCUUGGAAGCGUGCUUCCACUUCCACCAUCAUGCCCGUCCAACCGACUCUGUUUGGCCGGGCAAUCUCUGGACGCCGGCUGCCGCCGCGACGUUUCCUGGUAGUUUUCGCUCUGAUUGCGUCCCUUGCCAUCUAUUCACUUGUUCAACUACUGCCGUCAUCUUACGCCGUUCCCUCGGCUCCAUCGGUCGGGGAUCUUUCAGGCCAAAAGUCGAGCAGCCAUUUGCAUCGGCCAAAGUUUCCCAAGCUCAGCGUCCCGAGCAUCCACAAUCCCUUUCGACAGGCAGCGCAUGAGCCGCCAGUGCAAGCGAAUAGCACAAGUGGAGAAGCCAGCUGGUUUAGCGACUGGAAAUGGCUGAAUCCAUUCUCUUCUUCCAUUACACUGGACGAGAACCGCGCCGUGCUGCCGCCGCUGCGCCCUCGGCCCCCAAUCUACACGUUCUACGACCCGAACGCAAAUACAGACAGUGAAACAAGAGAUGCAGAAAGCAAGCUACUUCUCGCAUGGCGUCGGGCCUGGUGGGCACAGGGUUUCCGGCCGGCGGUUCUUGGGCGAGCAGAGAGUAUGAAGAAUCCCAUGUACGAGUCGCUCCAGCUGCUUCGGCUUGAACCAGAUAUCGAGGAGGAAAUGGCGCGUUGGCUGGCGUGGGGGCAUAUGGGCGCAGGUAUCCUCGCCAGCCACCUUGCGUUUCCCAUGGCGUCCUAUGACGAGGCUCUACUUUCCUACCUCCGCCGUGGCGACUACCCCAAGUUGACCCGAUACGAAGGUCUGGGAAGCGGUCUAUUCUGUGGUGACCAAAACGCAAUAAAUGCGGCGAUCAAACAAGCGCUCGCCAACCCAGAGCUGCGCAACUCCAAAUCCAUAGUCGAUUCCCUUCCCAAGGCCACAUUUGAUGUCGAUCCCAAUCACGACAGCAUUGCGCUUUAUGAUGCUGCCACGGUAGCCUCGAAAUACAAGCCCAUUGCCGAGAAAAUAACUGGCACUGACGCCGGUUCCGCAACUUCAUCCUCAUCCAAGGAUAAAGAAGCCGCUGCCGCCGACUCGUCCGCGGCUGCGUCACCAGCCGAAGGUCUGCAACAGCUCGUCCAGCUCAUCAAUUCUCACCUGCACCUAAUCUUCCAGAACAACUUUUACGAUGGGAUCCAAGUCCUCAAGCCCUGGCCGCUGCAUACCACAGCGCUCGUGGAACCUGCCUACGAGAUUGCCCAACGACUCGCAGAAUGUUCAUUUACACCAAUGCAAUCAUCCUGCCCGCCCAACCGACCGCGCUGCAAGCCCUGUCUGCCAACCCACCCCAUGCAAGUCACCACGCCCGAGUCCUUCUUCAACACAUCAACCAAGUACAUUAUCGGGACCGUGCCGCACCCUUACACUUUGCUCUCCCUUGCCUUCCAGCGCGAACAAAAGGAUAUCACGACACGCUUUGUCCGCCGCGACACGGACCGCGACGUGUGGCUCAUGAAAGUCACAAAGGAACUCACCAAGGCCGGCGGCACGGGCUCUUCGCGCGUGGUACACUUUAAAGACUCCGUCGCCAGUACCUGGGGCGCCGCGCAUUCGUACUGGUUAACUGGCGACACCAUGCCCAUGGAUUCAGACUCGGCAUCUUUGACCGCGGACGUCGAUUGGCAUUUUGGCUUUGUAUUGCCGCGUCCAGGCGAAUACGUCGACGCAGGCACCUCUGAGACUCCCGUGCCCGGCCCAGAGCGCCGACCGCAGCCCCCCAAGCCCAAAAUCCCCCCACCAUCGACCGAGGAGCUGGCUAAAGAAAAGGCCAUGCUCGCCGCCGCCAGACAAGUGCUCAAGAGCAAUGAUAAGAAACUCGAAGCCGUCAAGGCCAUGGUCGAAGCGUGGAACUUGGCCGAUGCAGAGGCCUGGCGGUUCGCCAGAGCUUUUGCCGCGCGGGCGAAUGUCGAACGGGCCAAAUGGGAAGAAGACGAAAAGAACUUUGCCGGUACAGAGAGCAGAGGUAUCGGCUGGGGAAGAUGGUUUGAUCGAAGGACGCAAUAAGUCUUAGGCGUCUUUUGUCUCCCCCUGUUGCCAUAUAUUUCUUUACUCUUUCCCACCUGUAAAGGUUUCUAAUUGCGAUCACACCAAAUUGGCCCAAUGUGUUUCAUUGGACAAAGACACAGGUGGGGCACCGGUUUCGCGUGCCAUUUUUGAAUUCGGUUUGCAUUUCUUUCUUCUUAUACUUCUUGGAUCGGAGUCGGAGUUAUCAUCAUCAUUAUUCAUUUAUCGAUUUACUAUAUUCUAUUAUUCUAUCAUUUCUAUUAUUACCAUUACUUCUGUUAUGAUUAUUAUUAUUAUUAUCAUCAUUAUCCCUAUGAUGGCUCUUCUCACCGUCUAUAUCAAAGCCAACUUUUUUUUUCCUUUU